GUUUUGAAGGGGGUCAAAAUCAUGUUCAAAGCAUCCGUCACAUAUAUACAUACUAACUUACAGCAGCUCUGGUGCAAAAUAGAACUAAAGCUUCGUCGAUGACACUAGUGAUAACUGAUAGGUUGUGUUGCCUGGUUACGGAAUAUUUUUUUCAAUUUAAUACGUGUACUUAUUAGUGUUACAAAUCUUAUAAUUAAACUAUUAGUUCAUUAUGGCAAGAAAAGAGGAACCUAAAAUUCAACCAAACAAUGAUUUGGAGAAAAAAAUAAUUGAAGCUUUCGAAGUAUUUGACCAUUCUGGGAAGCAAGUCGUAGAUGUAAGGGAAAUAGGAACAAUUCUUCGAUCUUUGGGUUGCUGUCCAACUGAAGCCGAGAUACAAGAGGUGAUUUUAGCAACGGAAAACAAAGAAGCAACUGGAAACGUUCCGUUAACGAACUUUUUACCUUACAUGUGUAAAGUCAUGAUAGAACAUAGGUUUUAUCCGGCGAGCGCUGAAAUGCUGUUGGCUGCAUUCAGAUAUUUUGACACGGAGGGACGUGGGUACCUCACUAAAGAGAGGUUCGCCAAGCUUAUGAUGGAAGAAGGAGAGUCAUUUACGCAGGAGGAGUACGAUGAAAUGAUGCAAACAGCGUUAGAUCCUGUAACAGAUACAAUAAUGUACGAAUAUUACAUCAACCAACUUAUGGUGGAAGAAGCGGUGGAGACCACAGAGCCACCGAAGUAAGAUGAUUAUCAAAAUUUAUCUGUCUUAUUAAAUUUAAAAUUAUUAUUAUAUUAAAUUAUUACAAGUUCUCGUUUCAUGAAAAUACCAAUAGUUACUUCGUCUAUAAUUACCAUAAUAACAAAUAACAUUAUAAAGAAUAAAUAAACUCAAAAUGCA